AUGGCGUCGUCCAACAUGCUGAAGGAUAAAAAUCAGUUAGUAUUUGAGGAUAAGUGGGACAAUAUGCGACCCACUGUUCUCAAGUUAUUGAGACAAGAACCUGUUACAAGAGCAGAAUGGCAAGAUCUUUUUUGGGAUGUGCAUUCAGUUUGUUUAUGGGAUGAUAAAGGUCCUGGUAAAGUCCAUAAAGCUCUACAGUCAGAUAUCUUAGAUUUUAUCAAUCAAGCACAAGGGCGGGUGAUGAGUCAUCAAGAUGACUCUGCAUUACUCAAGUCCUACAUCAUAGAAUGGAGGAAGUUCUUCACACAGUGUAGUUAUUUACCCAAACCGUUUGGGCAACUAGAAGUGUCCUUGUCUGGAAAAACUAUCAGCACUUCACAGAGGAAAAACCAAGCUGAAGAUAGCGAAGUUAGGAAACUUAUGCUAGACAGUUGGAAUUCCAGUAUUUUCUCCAGUAUUAAAAAACGUCUUCAAGACAGUGCAAUGAAACUAGUUCAUGCUGAAAGAAAUGGUGAAGCAUUUGAUGCGCAGUUAGUAAUCGGAGUCAGAGAAUCCUAUGUAAAUCUAUGUUCAAAUGCAGAAGAUAAACUUCAGAUUUAUCGCGAUAAUUUUGAAAAGGCUUACUUGGAUGCAACAGAGUCAUUUUACAGAGCUCAAGCCCCGUCCUAUUUAGCUGACAACGGUGUACAAAAUUACAUGAAGUAUGCGGAUGCAAAGUUGAAGGAAGAAGAGCAAAGAGCACAGCGUUACCUAGAAACGAGAAAAGGAUGCAAUUCUGUCCAAGCACUUACAGAAUGUUGUGUACAUGUAUUAGUUACGGCAUUCAAAGAAACAAUUCUAGCAGAAUGUGCCGUUAUGAUUAAGACAAAUGAAACUGAACGGCUAAGGUUAAUGUUUUCAUUGAUGGACAGAGUACCUGAUGGCAUCAGUCCUAUGUUAAAAGACUUAGAAGACCACAUUAUUGAAGCAGGCUUGGCCGAUAUGGUGGCUGCCGCUGAAAUUAUUACAACAGAUUCUGAAAAGUAUGUAGAGCAACUUCUCGUAUUAUUUAAUAAAUUCAGCUCUUUAGUAAAAGAUGCAUUCAAUGAUGAUCCAAGGUUUCUAACAAGUAGGGACAAGGCCUAUAAACAUGUGGUGAAUGAUACAAAAGUAUUUAAAUUAGAGUUACCAACCAAGCAAAAAGGUGUUGGUAGUAAAACGCAGCCAGAAUCAAAAUGUCCAGAGUUACUAGCGAACUAUUGUGACAUGUUGCUCAGGAAAACACCACUUAGUAAAAAAUUAACCUCGGAUGAAAUAGAAUUCAAACUUCGAAAUGUUCUUCUAGUUUUAAAAUAUGUACAGAAUAAAGAUGUAUUUAUGAGGUUCCAUAAAGCACAUUUAACGAGGAGACUGAUACUAGAUACCUCCGCUGACAGUGAAAAAGAGGAAAAUAUGGUGGAGUGGCUCAGGGAAGUUGGUAUGCCAGCUGAUUAUGUAAAUAAAUUAGCACGUAUGUUUCAAGAUGUCAAAGUUAGUGAAGACCUCAAUCAACAAUUUAAAGAAGCAUACAGAAAUAAUGAACACAGUGCCAUUGCAGAUUCUAUAAAUAUAAAAAUAUUGAACGCCGGUGCCUGGGCGCGUAGCAGUGAACGCAUUCCGGUGUCAUUGCCGGUAGAAUUAGAAGACUAUAUACCUGAAGUGGAAGAAUUUUACAGAAAGAAUCACAGUGGUAGAAAAUUACAGUGGCAUCAUCUUAUGUCAAAUGGGAUUAUUACUUUUAAGAAUAAAGUUGGAAUUUACGAUUUGGAAGUAACCACUUUCCAGAUGGCAGUGUUAUUUGCAUGGAAUCAGCGACAGUAUGAAAAGAUUACUUUUGAGAAUCUUCGACUAGCAACAGAACUUCCAGAUACCGAACUACGAAGGACAUUAUGGUCCUUAAUUCAGUUCCCUAAAAUGAAGAGACAAGUCGUAAUAUGCAAACCUGAGGUCAAGUCACCGAAGGAAUUUAAUGAUGGAACCCUGUUCUGGGUCAAUCAAGACUUUGGUGUUGUUAAAAAUAGCAAACUUCAAAAACGUGGUAAGAUUAAUCUGAUUGGUCGGCUGCAGUUGUCAACCGAAAGGAGUUCCGAUGAAGACAAAGAAGGCAUAGUACAGCUGAGAAUUCUCAGAACUCAGGAGGCAAUCGUGAAGAUCAUGAAAAUGAGGAAGAAGAUCACGAAUGCUCAGCUCCAAACAGAACUGGUGGAAAUUCUCAAAAACAUGUUUCUGCCAUCAAAAAAAAUGAUCAAAGAACAAAUCGAGUGGUUGAUAGAACACAAGUACAUGAAACGGGAUGAGGACAACAUUAACAUGUUCAUUUACAUAGCAUAAAUUUACUUGACACCCAUCAUUUGGUACCUUGACACCCCACACACAAAAAUGGUCCAACCCAUUUCAAAUAAUUUACUGUAUAUAUUGGAGUGCUGAGGACAUUUUAUUUUAUGUGUAAGGGGGUAAGGUGACAUUUAAAAUACCCUAAAGUUUGGGGGGGGGGUUAUUAACAAGAAUUAAUCAUCUAAUCAACAAUUUUAGAUGUCUGUCCUGGGUAAUUUUUUUGACAAUGUUUAUUGGAUCAUGACCCGAGUUACGUCUGUCAGCAUGCAGCUAAACAUCCCUGAAUUUCAAUGAUAUUUUUUUAGAUUUAUUCAAAAUUUCAUAGAAACAAUGGCUAGCAUUACAUUCAAUUUUGGUGGCUAUGUUUAAUAGAAAG